AUGGCGCCUGGCAAGCAGCCAAUUCUGUCGUCGGUCCCCCUGCAAGUGCUCCUGUAUCUCAACUGCUGGUACUUUGGUGCUUUCUUCCUGGCGGAUGUCCUCAUGUUUGUCUACAAAGGGCUUUUGCUGCCCUACCCGACGAAUAAUCUGAUCCUGGAUGUGGCGCUGCUGGUUCUCUUCCUCGGUCUGGAAAGUCUCCGGGUCUUCUACGGGUGGAAGGGCAACCUGUGCGAGCACGCGGGAACCACCAUACUGUCUCUGCUCCUGCUUCUACCGUGCGUCACGCUGUGCGUCUACUUCCUGUUGCUGCAAACCUUCGUGCUGCGUCUGGAGUUCCUGCUGUGUUCGGUGUUGCUUUGCUUUUAUGGACUCCAGUUCCUACUCAGCGUGCUAGCGUUGUCCAGCUUCGCCAGGUCCAAAGUUUUCUGA